AGUGGAAAAAUACAGCAGGGAAGUGGUAUACCUUGGACAUUUUUCAAGUGAGACGGCAUGGUGUGCAGACCAAUCCGGCAAUAAUUAGGUCAUAGAGGAGCCAAAGGAAACCAUAGCUACUUUGUUUCUCACUCUGGCUCUGCUCAUGACAUGUUGUUUGUGUAGAGAUUCUGCGGUACUACCGGCUGAGAGGAAUACUGAUCAGUUUGCUGUAAGCAACUCUUUGGGGGAGGGGGCUUUGUCAUGGAGGGAGAGUUCCGUAAAGGAAACAGCCUUGAGAUGCCCGGUCAUACAGAUAACAGUCUGGUGAAGAAGACACAGCUGCUGGAUCGGGGCCAAUGGGCAAACAAGUUGGAAUUUCUGCUGGCUGUAGCGGGAACUCUGGUUGGACUGGGAAACCUCUGGAGGUUUCCCUAUUUAUGCUACAAAAAUGGGGGAGGGGCCUUUCUGGUUCCAUACGUCUUGUUUCUGCUCUCUUGUGGUAUCCCGAUGUUCCUCCUGGAGACAGCCAUGGGACAGUACACAUCUCAAGGAUGUAUCACCUGCUGGAGGCACUUCUGCCCAUUGUUUGAAGGGAUUGGUUACGCUACCCAGGUCGUGAUUGCUUAUGCUGCAGUGUCGUACAUCAUCAUCCAGGCUUGGGCCUUCUUCUACCUCUUCUCGUCAUUCAGCGCUGAAGUCCCGUGGGCCAGCUGUAGGAACCCCUGGAACACAGAGUUUUGUGUUGAAUUUGAUAAAACAAAUGCAUCAUCCAAUUGGACAGCAAACGCUACAACGCCUGCAACAGAAUUCUGGGAGAGACGAGUGCUGGGUAUAUCUCAAGGGAUUGAAGAGAUUGGUAGCCUGAGGUGGGAGUUGGCCUUGUGUCUAUUACUGGCAUGGAUCCUGUGCUACUUCUGUGUUUGGAAAGGCGUGAGAUCCACUGGAAAGGUAGUUUACUUUACAGCCACUUUCCCCUACGUGAUGCUGGUGGUUCUGUUGGCUCGUGGGCUCACUCUACCGGGAGCUAUGGAUGGCAUAGCUUUCUACCUCUAUCCUGACCCGGCAAGGUUGGUGGACCCUCAAGUUUGGAUGGAUGCAGGUGCACAAGUUCUUUUCUCUUUUGGGAUUUGUCAGGGGAGCUUGACAGCUCUGGGCAGUUACAAUCAGUAUAACAAUGAUUGUUACAAGGACACAUUUGUUCUGUGUUUGGUGAAUGGCGGCUCAAGCUUUGUGGCAGGGUUUGCAAUCUUUUCAGUUUUGGGCUUCAUGUCCUAUGAACAAGGACUGCCGAUAUCUGAAGUGGCUGCUUCUGGUCCGGGCUUGGCAUUUAUUGCGUAUCCACGUGCAGUGGCCAUGAUGCCUUUGCCUCAGUUAUGGUCCAUUUGUUUCUUCAUCAUGGUCAUCUUGUUGGGUGCAGAUACGCAGUUUGUGAGCCUGGAGUGCCUGAUGACCUCUGUGACCGACAUGUUCCCCACCGUGUUUCGAAGAGCUUAUCGCCGAGAGUUGCUGCUGCUGUGUCUCUGCUCUGUUUGCUUCUUUCUCGGCCUCCUCCUCGUCACAGAGGGAGGCUUAUAUUUCCUUCAACUUUUUGACCAUUACGUUUGUAGCGGCAACAACCUUCUGCUUCUUUCAGUGUGUCAGUCGAUAGCAAUCGGAUGGAUAUAUGGCGCCGAUCGUCUUUAUGACAACAUUGAAGACAUGGUAGGCUAUCGUCCGUGGCCGCUGAUGAAGUACUGUUGGCUUUACAUUACCCCCGGUGUUUGUCUGGGUACUUUCGUCUUUUCAGUGGUGAAAUACAAGCCUCUCAAGUUCAACAAAACCUACACGUACCCGACCUGGGCGUAUGCUAUGGGCUGGUUCCUCGGACUGUUCUGUGUUUUCCUGGUUCCUCUGUGGAUCCUCUUUAAAGUCAGCCAGAUGAAAGGGACGAUAGGGCAGAACCUCCGGCAGCUUUGCCGCCCUGAAAACAAGACGAACAGCAACACUGCAAAGCAACCCGAGCAAUACCCCCUGAACCCCGACAACACUCUCACUCCUGCUGCCAACGAGUACAAAGCCAGUGGUGUAGCUGAGAUGGAGAUGCAAAUGUGA